CUGAGAAUCAUCUCCUUUACCCUCAUUCCCUUAUUACCGCUGGACACGGACACUGUAAUCUGGAGGUGGCUGUCCUUCUCUCACAAUGAAUGUCCUCCGCGGCUGCAAGCCCACCAGGGUGCAAGUCCGCGGGUUUGCCUGGUCUUCCAGUCUGCGAGUCGGUCCAGAAUCUCCAAGCUACGUCGAUGUGCCGCGAACGAUACAACCUUAUCUCCGUGAGAAAGAUCGCGUGAAGGGUACGCUGCCCGUACCUCGAGAGAUCUUCUCUGACCGCCGACCGGACAAGCCGUCCGAAGAGUACAUUGCUGCAGCAACACCCCUUCCUUCUAAGGAACGGAAGACCGAAUCGGAUGAUCCACACGCUGAAUACAAUGCAUGGAGGUACAAGAUGGCGGAAGUGAGGAGGAAGAAUCUGCGUGAAGGUCUACUGGAAUUGUACGAUCGGAAACAGCGAACCGACAACUCAAUAGCGAAGCGAGGUCUUGAAAAGCAGCAAAGGCGUGAUCGCGUUCUCCGACAGCCUGAAAGAGAGGAUGAGCGCUUGACUCGACCGUCAGUCGUCCAGGCCAUGCUACCACGGAAGACUCCAGUGUUGCCAGACCCAGACAGAGAAGCACGCCUUUCUCGAUCCCGGGCUGCUUUGAAAGCCAGAGCGACCAACGAAAGACUCGAACGUCAGGAUUCCUUGCACACCUUGUAUAUGAAUGCCCGCAACUUCAUCACGACUGAAGCCCAGCUCAAUGCCGAAAUAGAGAAGGUCUUCCCUGAGGGUGAAAAUGAGGCGUGGCGCAAUGAUCACCAAUACGGAGAGAAUAUUUGGAACUUGGGAAUGCCUCGCUCAGUCGGAUCAUACGCCAAUAACCCCAGACGCAGUUCGUCUGCUCGGUGGGAUAUUAUUCAGGAUAGGGUCAAGAAACUUGGGGAGGAGAUCACUGGGGGUAAGCUGUGAGGACACCCGCGAUGUUUCUGUACACUAUGCUAUAUCCAGACUCUCUUUUCUUUUCUGUUGGAAACUUUGUUUGAUUUAUGUACUUUCCUGACACUAUAAUUGUUCGUGUAUUGCUACAUCGUAUCUAGUCUUCGCAGUUCAGCCUCAGAACGGAAGUUGGGAGUCAGUGGCAGACUGUACAGUACAGCGCCGUGCAUCGCUCAGGCAACACUUUUCCUUAAUGGACUAGGAAAUGCAAAUAUACAGUAGUAAAAUACCGAUAUAAGCAACCAAUUUAGCAGGGCCCUUCAGUUGCUUAUAUCGGGUAAUUGCUUAUGCUAGGAUUCACAUAAUAUAUAUUGAUGUACUCCAUAUAAACACUCCAAAUUGU